AUGGCCGUUUUAAUUUCAAAGGUCUUGUGAGAUAAAUUUAAAUAUUUAAAAUGAGCUAAAUUUAAAUAAGAAAAAUAACGUUAUUUUCCAGCGCCAGAUAAAACCCUCGUCUCCUUCCGUACGAAAUCAAUUUCAGAGAAAACACAGACAGAUUCAGGACCGGAGAAAGAAACCCUAGAAGUAAAACCUUCGAUGGAGGAGCGGAAGAUUAUGGAUUCUCUCUCCCACGAAACCCUAGAAUUGAUGAAACCUGAGGAGCAGAAGAUUAUGGAGUCUCUCUCCCACGAAACCCUCUACGAUUCCUUCUCCGAUCCCAAUCCCAAUCUGGAGCAGAACAGAGUAGUACAAUCUGCAGCGGCCAGUCCUCCGAUUACCAAAAAGCUAGUGAGAAAACGCUCACUGAAGAAGUGGAGACUUAAGAAAGUCACUCUCAAAUUCUUUAAAGAUAUAGAGAAAAAGAGAAAGCGUUUUCUCGGUCUUCCUAUGACUCCGAAAGAGAUUAAUAGCUCUAGGAAGUGGAUGGAUCUGUUUGAUGCUGAGUAUGAAGUAAGUAAAAAAGUCAAAAGCAAGAUCCAAAGCUCAAAUCCAUGUUGCAAGAUAAUAUGCAGAACAAUUAAGAAGGGAGUGAAAUUCAUGCUUUGGAAAGUCAAUCCACUUGAACCACAACCAGAGGUGUUGACGAAGGAUUGGAAAAACGAAGGAGGCCAUGUUCGAGAUCAAAAUUCACACAGUAACUGCUGGACUUAUGCAGGGACAGAUAGCUACAGUGCAAGGCGUUUGAUCACUAAAGAAGAUGACAAAUUCCGAACUUUUAGCUCAAGGUAUCUCACCUAUUACGUUGACAAGGAUAUGCGUUCCAAUGAAGCAGCUGAGGGUGGCAGAGAAGGUCACCACUGCCAUGGGUUCUCUACAGCCCGGGCGCUUAAGUUUAUGAAGUACAAUGGAGUUCCAGAGGAGGAUCCUAGAGAUGCUAAAGAAGAAUUCAACUGUAUUAGUGACCCGCCUGAACGAAAUCCUCCAAACCUCUACAAGAUUGGGGAAGAUGUGGAAAUUCGAGAAUCAAACGACUUGAGAGACUUGUAUAAGAUGUUGUUGAAGCAACCGGUUGUGGCAAAUGUGCUCUUAUUCAAUCCAGAGUUUAAAAACAUUGGCGAAAGAAUUUAUGAUGGGCCUAAAAGUAACAGGUCUAAAUAUUGUGGAUUACACUCUGUCUUAGUCAUCAAACUUGACAAAAUUGAAGGAGAACUUGUCGCCAUUGUUAAAAACAGCCAUGGCAAAGAAUCAGGCAAAGAUGGUUACAUAACAGUUUCGUUAACUAGGAUGGUCUUUGGUAUGAAUUCCGAUCCAGUGGCUCCCUCUUUCCUUCUUAGGAACUUCACUGUUGCAGAAAUACCAUCACCUCUGGACAGGCCAUUGAACAAACCAGAAUCAAAGAGAGAGAAAAGAAAAAACAAGAAAAGGAAAAACGAUUCCAGAAGUCGUCAUCUUCCUUCUCUGGCUGAGAUUGAUCAUCUCCCUGUGGCUCAGCCUGAAUCAACUUGCUCUGAUAUCUUCAAUGAAUACGGUGAAAAGUUUCUGGAAGAACCUGAUUUGAAAUCAAUAGACGAUCUGGAGCUAAGUGAAAUUGAAGAAUUUGGGAUGCUUGUGCUCGCGCAAAAGGCUGCGGAUCUGUUGAGUGACAAGUUGCCAGAGACAAGGGAAGCGGUGAGGAGUAUGGUGAGCUCCGUUUAUGAGAAAAUUAUAUGGAAUGGAGAUGAAAAAGACAAACAAGAAGCUUGUCAGAAGUUUUGUGAAAAGAAUGUGACAGGGCCCAAUGCACAAGCCUUGAUCAAGAUCGUCUCAUCCCUAUAAAUUUCUCAAGAAGAAUUGUUGUUCUCUGGGACUCGUGUAGAAUCUUUCUAUUUCCCCUACUCCUAUUGGUUAUGUCCUCUCAGUUACAAUGUUUAUACCAUAGUCUACCAAAGGCUAAUAGAUUCAUCAAGUUCCAUGAAAAAUCGUCGUUGUGACCUGAUUGUUGUUGUUGCUGCCUCUGUCAUCUACAUCGAUCAUCUCUGGACUCUCUAGUUUUUCCAUUUCCCAAGUAAUGUUGUUCCUUUUGCAUCAAUAAAUAUUCAAUAUUACUUGCUAUGUUUUUCUUGAAACCAGGUCUUUAGACUUCCGUAUACCUGACACUAUUCUCAUAAAUAACUAAAUAAGUAAAUUUCAUAGAUACAGACGUUAAGAAAGAAGAUUCAAGUUAGUAAAAGAAAGAGCUAUCUACGUUGGUUGAUAAGGGUAGCUACAUUGGUGCUGAAAUCAUUCAAGUCUUCAAAAAUUAAUUCAAGCAGAUGAGAGAAGUGUUUAGCAUCACUUUGAAGGCUGAAAAUAUGAUACUUAUCUACCCUUGUUUGCACCAGAUCAACUAAAAUGAUCAAAUACUAACUAAUGAUGUAAAUUAUAUCCACUUUUCACCACAUGGAUCAAUAAUAUGUUUUGAUAUAACCUAUCUUGCUUGCCGUUGCAGCAAAAUUCCGUUUUUUUGGGUCCUUGGACUGGACGGUUUGUUCCAGCACCUGAGUCCUCAACAUUCGCAACAGCAAACGGAUCUGAAACAAGCAAGAGCAAAUGGAGAAAGAGAAACCAUUAGAUUCCCAUAAGUUGAUUUCUCUCCUUUCUUUCUAGACGACUUGUGUGUUAAUUUGCAAUCCAUUUGUUUCUUCCAAAUUAACACAAGUCUGAGUCAGUGUAGUUAUAACAAGAUUAUGCAGUUAUAAUUAAAAGCCUACCACAUUCUAACACUCCCACCACAUUCACAAAUAAGCCCCAAAUCUUUUCAAAUAUUCGAUAUAUAAUCCUUCCUUACAAAAUUUUAAUUUUCAAAAUUAACCCGAGUGGAUAAAAAAUCUUUAGUAUUUCUUUGCUUCUUCCUCCAUCUUCCACACUUACAAGCUUCAUUCACAUAAAUCCCUAAAACACCCAGAGAACAAUUCCAAGCGUUCCUUGGGUUUUAUUGUGUGUAUGUUCGGAUGCUUUGUUUAUAUGGAGUCGGAGAGAAGCCUGGAAUUGUUUCAAUUCUCGCUGCAACAACGGUCGAUUCAAAAAAAAAAAAAUGGCGUUUCAAUUUCUGCGGCUAAUGCGUUUCUUCUCACGCGUACUCUCUCUGCUUCGUUUUCCUCUGCAGGUUUCUGUUUCUGUAACCGACGAACAUAACUCAGUAACUAGUUAUCGUUAAGAGGAUGUGAUUAGGGUUCGCAGGCUACUAGGGGAAGAUCCACGGUGGAGAUGGGAGUGUGAUUUGCAGUUUGUAUUGACGUCGGUGAAUUACUCUUCUUUGGAGGAAGGGUUCAGGGAUGAGGUUGAGGUAGUUAGCGAGAGUGAAGAGCAUACUAGGCAUUCCCCGGCCUAUUUUCUCUUUGUCUAAUGUUGAAUUUUGGCUAGUGAUUAUGAAGAGUUUGUGUUGUGGGCUCUAGGUUCUGAAGUCGAAGUUAGGGCAUUGCCAUUUAGAGAGAGAUAUAUAGGAACGGUUGAGGAAUCAGAGUGCUCAGAUUUUGGUAUAUGUGAUUUCGUUUCCAUAUUGGUACAAGUGGUGGGGAUGAACUAUCCAGUUAAACUAGAUAACGGUGUGAUGUGCUCUGAGACUGAGAAUAUCAAAGAACGAAGUCUCGGUGUUGUACCAGGAGGUUGUGACGAUGUUAUGGUGGAAAAUGAGGGAAGCUAUAUUGAGGCGACUAUGGGAUCAUGUGCACUUUCAAGCAACUCAUAGGGAAAGGUGUUGUUCAAACAAGUAUCAUCAAGGAUGAUAGCAAUCAUGAAGUGGACGCAUUUGUAAAGCCAGGUGAUGUGGAAGGUGUUGAAGAUAUUGCAGGUUGAAUUAAGAAGAAUGGGAAUCACUGACAAACCAGACUGAUCAGGUUCUGCUACAUGUGAAGGAGGAUAUGGUGCAAGUGAAAUUUUCUGAUGAUGCGUUGGUGUCUUUUGAGACUACUGGAGGAUAUAGUCUCAGUGUUGUGCCAGAUUGCAAUGAUAUUCUGGUGGAAAGUGGAGAAAAUGAUGAGGAUAGAGGAUGAGAUGAAAUUGUAAGCAAUGACAGUGAUAAGUGAACUAGUGUUGGUAGUUUCUGUGAAUCAGAUGCAUUGACGAUUCCAAAUGAGGGAUUUAUUGGAUUAGGAAGCACGGAAUCAGGGUAUGAAGGCACAGGAGCUGAGGCGAAGGAAAAAUGAUUGCGGUACUGUUAGCAGAUUAGAAAAAUCUGAAUGCAAGGGUGAAUCUGAAAUUGGUGUGAGUUCUGUAAGUUUCAGUUAACUCCUACUCUAGAUUCUGGAACAAGCACAAACCUUAAUGUCUCUGAAGGAUUAGUCUUUGCAAGUGGGUGCAGUUCUACCAACCAAACAAAUGAACAUGAGUCUGUAUAUGAAGGAAAACAAGAACCAGGGGAGAUUAAUAGGAAGUUAUCAAUUCCUGAUGAAGAUAGCUCAUCAAGUUUAAAUAGUUCCUUUGAGACAGCCCAUGAGACUGUGAAAAAUGGGGAGCAGAUUUCAGAACAGAGUAAUAAGCAGGUCAAUUCUCAGUCUUGAAUAUAGAUGAGACUGAUGACCUGCAUAUAUACAUGAGAGUGCCUUCAUAGUAGGUGUGUAAUCUUCUUUUUCUAAAGUUUUUCACUAAAUAGGAGAAGAGGCAAGAUGGCUUUUAACCCAUAAGCUCAGAUUACUGAGUUAGGAAAAAUACCCGUUGAGAUGUAUGCCUUCUAAAUUUCAUCCUGGACAGUGGAAACCUCUCGUUAAGCGGAAGACCAAACUCGAGAAGCUGUGCGAUGGAGUUCAUUGACUUACAAAGCUCAAGGAAGUGAAUUUGGCGGGUGAUAAGACAUGAGAAGCAAGUAAAGAGAAGAAGGUAGCAGAGAAGUCAACGGAGAGUUGACUGUGUUGUGAGUUCGAAAAGGAGAGCAAAGUCUCUGGGUGUUACAAAGGGUUUGCUGUUCAGCCUUCAUGAUUAUAAAUAAGAGACUGUGAUGCUUGAGUCUUUUAUGUUGAUUGAUGUAGAAGCUUCUCCUGCGUGAGAAUGGUGGAUGAUGAGCUAACAAAUAUGAUGUGUUAGCCAUCUCUUUUGGUUUGUACAUUGAUCGACGAUAAGGAAUAAGAGUUUGCGUAUUCUGAACUUA